GAGGGAGCAAAGAAGUGGCGAUGGAAACAAGGUGGAGAAGUGUCACUGAGAAAAUACAUAAAAGAAAUCGCCAAAACGUUGCCGUUUAGCUCUUCCUUCUUCAAAAUCUCCGCCAUUUUUCUCCUCUCUCGUUUUAUAAAUCACAGCUCCUCUCUCUUACUUCACCUUGAAAAUUCACUGAAAAUCAAGAGACAAUGGCAACAAUACUGCAGGGAUUAGGAGCAGCAACGGCAUUAACGCCGUCAAAUUCCUUAGAUUCCAAGAAAUUUCAGCUCAUUUCUCGUAGAUCCUUCUCAGAGAGAAAAUCGAGCCUCCUUGUGGUCAGAUCUGAGGGAAGGCUCACCGCCGGUGAUUCUAGUUCAAGACGUCGCCGGGCUGAGCAGUUGAUUACCAAUGCUGUUGCUACAAAGCCUGAGAGUUCUUCUGUAGCUUCUAAAUCCGGACACGAACUUCUACUUUUUGAGGCCCUAAGAGAAGGACUGGAGGAAGAAAUGGACAGAGAUGCCACUGUUUGUGUUAUGGGUGAAGAUGUGGGUCAUUACGGAGGUUCUUACAAGGUGACGAAAGAUUUAGCUAUUAAGUACGGGGAUCUCAGAGUUCUUGACACUCCUAUUGCUGAAAAUUCAUUCACCGGCAUGGGCAUUGGAGCUGCCAUGACUGGCUUGAGACCAAUUGUUGAGGGUAUGAACAUGGGGUUUCUCCUUUUAGCUUUCAAUCAGAUAUCAAACAACUGCGGUAUGCUUCAUUACACAUCAGGCGGCCAAUUUACAAUCCCCAUCGUGAUUCGUGGACCUGGUGGAGUUGGGCGACAACUUGGGGCUGAGCACUCACAGCGACUCGAAUCAUAUUUCCAGUCAAUUCCUGGGAUCCAAAUGGUUGCAUGCUCGACGCCCUAUAAUGCCAAGGGCUUGAUGAAAGCUGCAAUCCGAAGUGAGAAUCCCGUGAUACUUUUUGAGCAUGUUUUGCUGUACAAUCUCAAAGAGAAAAUCCCGGACGAGGAAUACAUAUGUAACCUUGAAGAAGCCGAGAUGGUUAGGCCUGGAGAGCAUGUCACUAUUCUAACCUACUCGAGAAUGAGAUACCAUGUAAUGCAGGCGGCCAAAACAUUGGUCAAUAAAGGAUAUGAUCCUGAAGUUAUUGAUAUCAGAUCAUUGAAACCGUUUGACCUACACACAAUAGGAAACUCCGUAAAGAAGACACACCGCGUGCUAAUUGUUGAGGAGUGCAUGAGGACUGGCGGCAUUGGCGCUAGCUUAACUGCAGCUAUCACCGAAAAUUUCCAUGACUAUUUGGAUGCUCCUAUUGUAUGCUUGUCUUCACAAGACGUGCCGACUCCCUACGCUGGGACAUUGGAGGAAGUGACCGUGGUUCAACCUGCACAAAUCGUGACAGCGGUGGAGAAACUUUGCCAAUAAUUACAGUAGCAUGAAUACUAUCGCCUUUGUGGUAAAAAUUCUCGUGUUUCUUUCUAUAAAUUACUUUCGUUAGUUUUUAUUUUCUUAUCUUUCUUGAAGUGGUUUAUUUAGUUUGACACUUUUUUUUUGGCAAUUCUCUGUUGUUGAAAAUUGCAGCACCCGUCUGUGUUGAGGCAUUGUUCUUUUUUAUGUUUGCAGUGACUUAAAUAUAUCAUGUAACAGUUUAUUGGUAGAUUUGUGGAA